AUGGCUGAGCCAAUCUGGGUUGGCGUGCGUCUUCGCCCGCUCGUCAACCACGAGAUCGGCCAAGAGAAAUGCCUGAACAUCGAGGGCAACGAAGUCUCCAUUGUUGAGGAUGCCAUCGACACGGACCGCAAGGUCGCGGUCACAUCCGACUUUGAUCGGAAGUCGACCUUCGCCUUCGAUGUCGCCAUGGACAGCACGGACGAAAGCAGUCCCUCCUUCAUUUCGCAGGAGAAGUGCUACGAGAUCAUGGGCCGACGGAUGGUGGGGCACAUGCUGCAGGGCUUCAACACCUGUCUCUUCUGCUACGGCCAGACGGGGACAGGAAAGACGACCACGAUCAUGGGCAAGGCGCAGCCAAAGUCGGAACGCGGCCUUCUCAUGCGGCUUGUGGACGAUGUGUUCGAGGAGGUGGACAAAGAGCAAUCGAACUCCGGGUCCCAGGUUCACGUGGUCAUGCAGAUGCUCGAAGUCUACAAUGAGAAGCUGAAAGACUUGCUGGCCACUUCGGACUUCGGGCCCAUAGGGCCCGGCAGAAGCGCCCCAAAGAAGAUCAACAUCCACGUGCACCCGGAGCUUGGAGUCUACCUUACGGGGGCCAUUGAAGCACCGGUCAAAACGGCCGCUGAUUGCAUCAAUGCGAUUGAAUACGGCAACGCGAUGAAGGCAGUUUCGGCUACAGCCAUGAAUGCACAGAGCUCGCGCGGCCACACCGUCUUCAAGCUGAACAUGGUGAAGGAGGGCGGCAAAGACAACCUGUCCACCACGUCGGAGGUUUGCUUCGCGGACCUUGCCGGUCGGGAGAAUGAGAAGACUACGCAGGUCACUGGAGAGCGGUUUGUGGAGCUCAGCUUCAUCAACAAGAGCCUCCUGUACUUAUCCGGCUGCAUCCAGAGCCUGGGCCAGACAGCUCAUCGCCGACGCCAGACAGUUGCCGGGGCUGAUGCUAUGAAGCCGAAAGGCGCCGAUAUGUCCAGGUUUCGCAACUCCAAGCUCACACUGCUUCUCUCCAAUGCCUUGUCAGGGAAUUCGAGAACCUCAAUGAUUGGAACACUGAGCCCGGCUGCCGCCCACUUCGAAGAGAGCCACAACACGCUCAGGUUUGCGUCCACUGUCAAGACCAUCAAGGUGCAGGCUAAAGCAGCGCGAGCUGUGGACAAGGACAGCCUCGUAAAGCAGCUCCAGAAGGAGGUGCAGCAACUCAAGCUCCAGCUCGAGCAGGCUCGUGAGAAGCACGAUGACGAGGACAUUAGCGCCAUCAGCGUCCAGCUCGAAGCUACUACUGCCAUCGUGGCGGCUCAGACGCGGGAUUGGACACAUUUCCAGCAGGAAAGCGCCGAGCUCAGCAAGAAGCGGACAAAGACCAUGGAAAGCCUCAUGGCCCACUCGUCUAGCCAAGUGGGAGACUGUCCGCUUCCAUACCUUGCGAACUACUCGGAGGACCCGCACCUGGCAUUCAGACUCGUGAUGCAUGUCGCCGCUGACGGCGAAGAGCACUCCUUGGGAUCAGGCCCGAGCUGUAACUUCCGGCUACCGCCAAGCCUGGGGGUGUGCGACGUGACCGGAUACAUCCGCAACGAAGAAGGUCGUUUGCUACUGCGGCCGGCACCACUUCCACAUAGCAUCCGACGUGACCGCCCAGCGAGCAUCGAGGUGAACGGUGAGAAGCUUUCAUUGGAACCUGCGGAGUUGAACCACUUGGACUGUGUCCUCUUCGGCCACUCGACGACCUUCUACGUCUUCUUGCAAAAGGUAUCUCCAGAGGAGCUCAGCGAAAAGCUGCGUGCGCCUUAUGAGAUUGACAAGGAGGAGUGGGAGGUCGGCCUCACCCAGAAGGUCGUCAACAGCAUCCUGGGUGAGGCGCACGGAACUGCGGGUGCGCGGCGACCGCGGAACCCCACGCGAACCACCGACAGAGCCUGCAAUGCGAGGAUGAGCCUGCAAAAACUGACAACGAAGUUGCGCUGCCGAGUUAUUGGACGGCUCAUUUCCCUGGGUGUGACAACUACAGCCGACACUGCGCAGAUUCCCUGCAUCGCAGAAGUUGCUGGAGGACGCCUGGCCAGUAAAGUAAAGCACAUGAAAGAUCGAAAGAAAGCGAGGCUGCGAAUUGCAAGUUUCACAGCAGUGCCACGGUGA